CGGAGCAGGAAUUGAUGGCUCACUCUCCAAGAGUGCCUGUUCUUUCAGUUACACACAGCGUGUGAGCUGCUGUGAUGCAUUGGACAACAGCAUGGCAUCGCCUGGCACCGGUGACGAUGAUGACUUAGACAAGGACAAGCGACGUCAGAAGAAAAGGGGCAUUUUUCCCAAAGUGGCCACCAACAUCAUGCGAGCCUGGCUGUUCCAGCACCUCACGCACCCAUACCCCUCUGAGGAACAGAAGAAACAGUUAGCACAGGACACAGGCCUCACCAUCUUACAGGUGAACAACUGGUUCAUUAACGCAAGACGUCGUAUUGUCCAGCCAAUGAUCGACCAAUCAAAUCGAACAGUUGGCCAGGGGACACCCUACAGCCCAGACGGUCAGCCAAUGGGAGGGUUUGUAAUGGACGGCCAACAACACAUGGGCAUUCGACCUCCAGGUUUGGCGGCAGUGCCGGGGGACUAUGUGCCACAGGGAGGCGCGAUGGGACUGGGCCUCCAGCAGGCAGGGUACACCCCUCCACCGAUGGCACCCCACCCCACACAGCUGCGACAUGGAGCCUCGGUGCACUCCUACGUCCCCAGACACUCCCACCAGCCAGCCAUGAUGAUGCACAGUGGGCCCCCCCCUCACCCUGCAAUGUCAUCGCCGAGCCCAUCCAUCCUGAAUCCCGGGGACCCCAUCCUCAGUGGGCAAGCCAUGGACAUCCAUGCCCACUGAAGAGAAGAGAAAGCAUCAAGGCAUUGUACAGAAGAGGAGAACUUCAAUAGGUUUCCUUGCCUCUUGGCAAUCAAGGCACAUACUGGAAUUCACGACUGCUGUGUGUGUGUGUGUGAGACACUGUUUGUUAACUUUUAUUGUAUUUCCUUUUCUGUGGAUUUGAAUGAGGACCAAUUCUGGAUCAUCCUAACUAAAAUACCAUGAGACUUUUAUAUAUAUAUAUAUAUAUAUAUAUAUAUAUACACACACACACAAUGAGACACUGAGAGAAAAAAAAGGACAUUGCAACCAUUUUUGACAAUGAAGACUAAAUUAACUUGUACAAAUUC